GCACGUUAAAUAAGAUCGCACUUGUUGAAAACAGUACGGUUUGUCAUUUAAUAGAAAAUUUAGACAAUCAUCGAUCGAUGUUCCGAUGAACACUAAACACUCGAAAAGGUGUAUAAAAAGAUUACUGUAUGUAACCAGUAACCAAAGAAGCCCUGGCUCUCUGGCUCCGUCAGUACGAAUCUCGUUUCAAUUCUGGUCUCGAUCCUGUCCAUUUUAGGAAAUAAAAGUAUUGCAAGAUCAUGGUCAACUGCUUAUGGAACAUUUAUUAUUCGAUUUGAUCAUAUUCUAUAGAAGAUUCAGUUAUAAUGUAAGAAAGGGUAACAGUUCACUCUAUCGAAGAAGCUGGUUUGCGCUUUAAAAUGUCACCAGCACCAUCAGAUAUCCCUGUGCGAAAAGAUGAUGGUGAAGAAGAAACUCAAAUCAACAACAUAGGCAGUAGUACCAUCACAAACAUCGAAGAAACUCAGUCUGAAGAAAGUAGUGACGAUGAAAGUGACCAGGAUGAUCCAUACAAUGGCUAUGUGGCUCUAGAACAGCAACUCACUGAAGAGGAACAGCAAACCACUUUUGGCGAAAAUGAUGAGAAUGCUAAUGACCAUGAGGCCCAAAGGAGAAAUGCAGCCAACGACACACCACCAAGUGGUAUUCCAUCUGGUACAUCAGUAGAUUCAUCAGUGCCACAGGCAACCAUGUCAUUCGCAGUUCAAAAUUUUCAGAUGACAGAUUCCCAAGCAGAAGCUAUCAAAGAGGCUAUGGCUGGUUUCAACCUACCAGUUAACAAUAUUCCUGACUGGGCCAAUGUUGUUUCUGAGGAUAACUGGAAGACAAAAUUAAUGGAAAGAAUAGCAAAAACCAGAAAUGAUCCUUGAAGACUUGUUAUGUUUUCAGAUCUUGAUUUUUCAUUUUGUACAUAUAAUACCUGAUUGUUAUUAUAUAUAAUAUUUGUUGUA